GGAGCUCCCGCCGCGCCGGGGAGCGGGCGGCCUCGGGUGGCCGCGGCGCCGCCACCUGCGCAGCCACCGCGCCGCCAUUGGCUCGCCCAGGAGCCGCUCUAAUCCGCGCCGCCCCCGCCCCCGCGCGGCGCUGCGCUCGGCGGCUCUGACCUUCCUCCUUCCCGCAGCCCCGGAGAGACGCGCGGCGGCCGCGCCAGCCUCCCCCUCCUCCUCCUCCUCCUCCUCCUCCCCCGGGAAGCUGUCCGGGCUUGAGGCCGGGACGCCGCCGCCCGCUUCGCCGCCCGUUCCCGCCGAUGGUGGCCGGCCCCCCGGCGCCCAGCCCGUGAGCCGCCGAGCCUGCUAACGGCAGGUUCCUCCGGCCUGUCCCCACAGCCGCCAUGUCUGGCUCCUACGACGAGGCCUCAGAGGAGGUCACCGACAGCUUCUGGGAGGUCGGGAAUUACAAGCGGACGGUGAAGCGCAUCGAUGAUGGUCACCGCCUGUGCAACGACCUCAUGAGCUGUGUGCAGGAGCGCGCCAAGAUCGAGAAGGCCUACGCGCAGCAGCUCACCGACUGGGCCAAGCGCUGGCGCCAGCUCAUCGAGAAAGGCCCACAGUAUGGCAGCCUGGAGCGGGCCUGGGGUGCCAUUAUGACGGAGGCUGACAAGGUGAGCGAGCUGCACCAGGAGGUGAAGAACAGCCUGCUGAACGAGGACCUGGAGAAAGUCAAGAACUGGCAGAAGGACGCCUACCACAAGCAGAUCAUGGGUGGCUUCAAGGAGACCAAGGAGGCGGAGGAUGGCUUCCGAAAGGCCCAGAAGCCCUGGGCCAAGAAGAUGAAGGAGCUAGAGGCAGCCAAGAAGGCCUACCAUUUGGCCUGCAAGGAGGAGAAGCUGGCCAUGACCCGGGAGAUGAACAGUAAGACGGAGCAGUCUGUCACUCCGGAGCAGCAGAAGAAACUUCUGGACAAAGUGGACAAGUGCAAGCAGGAUGUGCAGAAGACUCAGGAGAAGUAUGAGAAAGUGCUGGAAGACAUAGGCAAGACCACGCCACAGUACAUGGAGGGCAUGGAGCAGGUGUUCGAGCAGUGCCAGCAAUUUGAGGAGAAGCGGCUGGUCUUCCUGAAGGAGGUCCUGCUGGAUAUCAAACGGCACCUCAACCUCGCGGAGAACAGCAGCUACAUCCACGUCUACCGAGAGCUGGAGCAGGCCAUCCGGGGCGCCGAUGCCCAGGAGGACCUCAGGUGGUUCCGCAGCACCAGUGGCCCCGGCAUGCCCAUGAACUGGCCGCAGUUCGAGGAGUGGAACCCGGAUCUCCCCCACACCGCUGCCAAGAAGGAGAAGCAGCCUAAGAAGGCAGAGGGGGCGGCGCUAAGCAACGCCACAGGGGCUGUGGAGUCCACAUCCCAGGCCGGGGACCGCGGCAGCGUUAGCAGCUAUGACCGAGGCCAACCGUACGCCACCGAGUGGUCAGAUGACGAGAGUGGAAACCCCUUCGGGGGGAAUGAGGCCAACGGCGGCGCCAACCCCUUCGACGACGAUGCCAAGGGAGUGCGCGUGCGGGCGCUCUACGACUAUGAUGGCCAGGAGCAGGAUGAGCUCAGCUUCAAGGCCGGAGAUGAGCUCACCAAACUAGGAGAAGAGGAUGAGCAGGGCUGGUGCCGCGGGCGGCUGGACAGCGGGCAGCUGGGCCUCUAUCCUGCCAACUACGUGGAGGCCAUAUAGCAACCCUGCCCGCCCGACUCCUCUCACUCCUUGCCCUCCGCCUCCCGCCCUUCCCCUCCCCUCGCCAUAGAGUUCCAGACAUAUUUUCCGAUCAAGCUUUUAUUUUUUUAAAAGUCAAAACAGAACAAAUGAAGAAGUACAAAGAGACGGCAUCUGCAGCCUACAUGGAGGCCAGGGUAGUGGGGCUUAGGGUGACGACCCCCAGCGUGGGCAAGGGUCUUGGGACUAAGCCCAGUGUCACCUCUGCCCUCCAGAGUCCACCAGAGUCUCCUGGGUCCUGAGGGAUACCUCCUGGAUCCUUCCGCCCGCCCCCUCCCCUCUCCCACCCCAGGCUGCCAGCAGCGACCCUUGCCCUCUGAGCCUGCCUUCCUUGCCUCUCCUGACCACUCCCCUGACCCCCCUCUACCACCACCCUCCUCAUAAAGGCCUCCUUCACGCUAUGAGAAGGAGGCCUCCCAAUCUUUAGUCUUCCACGCUGCCCUGGGGGUGCUCUUCUCCUCCGAGCCCUAAUCUUUUGGGACCAGUGAGCCUGGGAAAGAAAUUGUCGCCCUUCUCUGUGUAGGUUUCUGGGGACCUCUUCGCUUCCCCAGACAUAAGGGCAGGGUAUCUGGAAGGAGUGAUGGUGCCCCUGGCACACAGAAUGAGAGGAAGGACAGACCCUCUGUCCAGGCUGUGCCAACCCUCCCAAUGCCAGGCCCAUUCUGAGGGAUGGAAACCCUGUCUGGGCCUGUGGACGGAGGCCCAGAGCCACUCCUCAUCUUACAGAGGCUCUGCCCAUCUCCUGAGACCUUGACGCUGGGCAAAGCCUCCUCCCCGAAGCCCAGGGCAAAGCCAGCGACAGUAGCAGCCUCCUCCCAUUCUCUGGGGAAGAGGCAUUUGGCCACCCACCCCACUUCCUUCAUGGUCAUCCAAAAAAACGCCACCCCCUCCGAUCACUGUGUCUGCGCCAGCCUCUGGGAAACCAGUGUGCAAGGCUCUCAGCUUCCCCUUCCCGCUUCUCUCACCUGGGCGACCGAGGAGACGCCAGGGCUCAGGGGAGCAGCUCAGCUCGGGCAACAUGAGGGAGGAACCCUGGAUGGUCACCAUAUCUUUUUUUCCCCUUGAUCCUUUUGUUUCCCAACAUUGUCCCUGAAUGCUGGCAACCCCCACACCCAGUUCUCGAAGCCCGGGUCUCCAUUAAAGGACUCUGGGCCUGGAAGGGAACAAAGGGCCCUUGCGGGUUGGAAACUGGGUAGCAGCUUUCCCGUGGGUGGGUGGGGGCGGGAAGCAGACAGAUUGGAUAAGACCCCCUACAGUGGAAAGUGGCCAGAGGCUGUGUCUCUGGACCUUUGAAGCCCCCGUGCUCACUGCUGCUGUCUGCUAGGCCUCAGGACCAAGGUUGCCCUCUGCCUCCCGAACUGGGUGGCCUUUUGGCCUCCCAGGGAAAGAGUAUGCAACCCUUGUUCUCCAGGACCCUUCAGCUCCCUGCUGCUACUCCUGACACUGUUAGGCCGUGGACCCGCGCACUGGGGCUCUGACCCCCUUCUCUUGAGUAGGGCUGUUGCGGGGCCUUUGGUGGGUCAGUCCUCCCUCAGGUCCGGGAGCAUGGCACCCGAGAGACAGGGCUGCCAGCCCCCACCUCCUUGUCACUGUUUGCCCCAGGGGCUUCAGCUGCAGCCUAGGUUGGUUCCUGGACCCCUCCAAGCCGGAAGCAGGAUUCAAAGCCCUCCUUUCUCCACAGCUCCUGCCUCCCACCUGGCAGGAGCCCUCCACCCCUCACCUUCACCUCUGAAAGGAAGAAGCCGCCAGGUCCGCACCUUGGGGCCUGGGCUCCCCCUCUCUGCACCAGCGGCUUCCCAGCACCUGGGGAGGGGCUGUGGCCCCGACCGGACCCCAUGCCUACCCCACUCAGUACGCUAGCUGCCCUCUCCUGGGCAGGGACAGGAAAAGCUAUCUCUUACAAACAACCACCUUCCACCACCCCAUAGGGACCUGACUUGGUCCUCGUGUUCCUCAGUACCCAGUGAUGGAGGAUCUCCCUCCCCGACCCUCCUGGAAGUCCCCAGAGCCCCGAGCCAAGCCCCAGCUACCAUUGCUGGUGUCGGGGCACUCGGCCUUGGGCUGGAGCACACCGCUCACCAUGUCCACACCCCCUCCUGUAUUCCCCAGGGGCCCCUUGAUGCUGCCGCACGGGGUCCCGGAAGGCCCCGUCAGUGACGUGUUUCAUCGCCAGUUAAACCGCCACCCUGCAGCCUGGCUCCAGGAGGAGCCAAGGCCGCCCUGCCGCCCGCUGCCACUGCGUCUGCCGCCCUAGGCUUCCUGACUCCAUUAGUUCCGACACUUGUGAAACUCCGAGAAGUGCUGUGGUCUCAGCAAUGCACCUGUUUUGUACAUGAUUGUGUAAUUUAAAGGUAUAUAAAUACAAAUCUAUAUAUAUAUCAGUUGUGACUGUACGGCUGGCGAUAAAACCAGAAUUCUGUCACCCUG